GUCUCUGAUUGGAGGACAUUUUGACUUGUGACUGACCGGAGUACAGUGCAACUACUUGGGAGUCGCGUCUCAAACUCGAGCGGCCGAGCUGCGAACGCUGCGGAUGCGCGUCGCCAGUGCGCCCAUUCAUCCCCGGCGUGGCGUCGCCGAGCCGAGCCAGCAGACGGCAGGAGCAAGGAGGAAGUGGAGGCAUCGCUGUGCAGAAGCGACACACACACACGCACGCGAGCUCCUCGCUGGAAGAAGUGGACUCGUUUCGUCAGAUGGCUUCUGGCGCGUUCCCCUGCUUAUCCAUCUAUCUGUACAGUGUGAACGCCCCCCCGGGAGCCGUCCUGUCCCAGGAGUGUGAAUCAGCGGAGCCGCCACAGCUGUGGAGGGAGCGGCACACGGACUCGCGCGGGCCAGCGAUGCCUGGACGCAGGCACGGGGUUCAGCCGUGAUCGGACUCCAACUGCGGCGCUGAAGGGAGAUUCAGCGGGAACCUUCGCGGAGGUGUGGAUGAAAGUCCUCCGUUAGACGUGACAGAGGUGUGAGGCAGCAACACUCGCAGCAAACACCCCAGCGCCGGCAGCCAUGCCGCCGCCGGCGGACAUCGUGAAGGUGGCCAUCGAGUGGCCGGGGGCCUUCCCCAAGCUCAUGGAGAUCGACCAGAAAAAGCCUCUCUCCGCCAUCAUUAAGGAAGUUUGCGAAGGGUGGUCCCUGGGGAACAACGAGAACUUCGCGCUGCAGAUCGCCGACGCGACCAAUUUCUACAUCACGGAGAAGAAUCGCAACGACAUCAAGAACGGCUCCAUCCUGCGCCUCACCACCUCCCCCUACCAGACGGCCGUCCAGCUCCACGAGCGCAUCCAGUCGUCCAGCAUGGACGCCAAGCUGGAGGCCCUGAAGGACCUGGCCAACGCCUCCCGCGACAUCACCUUCGCCCAGGAGUUCAUCAACCUGGACGGCAUCUCCCUGCUGACGCAGAUGGUGGAGAGCGGGACCGAACGCUAUCAGAAACUACAGAAGAUUAUGAAGCCCUGUUUCGGGGACCUGCUGUCCUUCACGCUGACGGCCUUUGUGGAGCUGAUGGACCACGGCAUUGUCUCCUGGGACACCUUCUCCGUGGCUUUCAUCAAGAAGAUUGCCAGCUACGUGAACAAAUCGGCGAUGGACACGGCCGUGCUGCAGCGCUCCCUGGCCAUCCUGGAGUCCAUGGUGCUCAACAGCCAGGACCUGUACCACAAGGUGGCGCAAGAGAUCACCAUUGGGCAGCUCAUCCCACAUCUCCAGGGGACGGAUCAGGACAUCCAGACCUACACUAUUGCAGUCAUCAAUGCUCUCUUCCUCAAGGCCCCAGAGGAGAAGAGACAGUUCGACGAGCACAUUGGGGACAUCCUAAAUUGUCCCCUGACAGAGAUGGCCCAUAUUCUUGCCCAGAAACAGCUGCGCUCCAUCAUCCUCAGUAACGUGAUUCGGAGCACCACAGCGAUCAACGACGAGAUGGCCCACCAGCUGUACGUGCUGCAGGUGCUCACCUUCAACCUGCUGGAGGACCGCAUGAUGACCAAGAUGGACCCACAGGAUCAGGCUCAGAGGGACAUCAUCUUCGAGCUGCGCAGGAUCGCCUUCGAUGCCGAGUGUGAGCCCAACAACAGCGGCAGCAUCGAGAAGCGCAAGUCCAUGUACACGCGCGACUACAAGAAGCUGGGCUUCAUCAACCAUGUGAAUCCAGCUGUGGACUUCACCCAGAUUCCUCCAGGCAUGCUGGCUCUGGAUAACAUGCUGUACUUUGCCAGACACCACCAGGACGCCUACGUCAGGAUCGUCCUGGAGAACAGCAGCCGAGAAGACAAGCACGAGUGUCCGUUCGGCCGCAGCAGCAUCGAGCUGACCAAGAUGCUCUGCGAGAUCCUGAAAGUGGGCGAGCUCCCCAGCGAGAACUGUCACGACUUCCAUCCCAUGUUCUUCACCCAUGACCGCUCCUUUGCGGAAUUCUUCUGCAUCUGCAUCCAGCUGCUCAACAAGACCUGGAAGGAGAUGAGGGCCACAAGUGAAGACUUCAACAAGGUAAUGCAGGUGGUGAGGGAGCAGAUCAUGCGAGCGCUCACGCUCAAGCCUAAUUCGCUGGACCAGUUCAAGAGUCGCCUGCAGAACCUGAGCUACACGGAGAUCCUGAAAAUACGCCAGUCCGAGAGGAUGAAUCAAGAGGACUUCCAGUCCCGUCCCAUCCUGGAGCUGAGGGAGAAGAUCCAGCCGGAGAUCAUGGAGCUGAUCAAGCAGCAGAGGCUCAACAGGCUGUGUGAGGGAACCUGCUUCAGAAAAAUCAGUAGUCGCAGGAGGCAAGAUAAGUUCUGGUACUGCCGCCUGUCUCCAAACCAUAAAGUCCUGCACUAUGGAGACCUGGAGGAGAGCCCUCAGGGGGAGGUGCCCCACGACUCCUUACAGGACAAACUGCCCGUGGCUGAUAUCAAAGCUGUUAUAACCGGCAAAGACUGUCCUCACAUGAAGGAGAAGGGAGCCCUGAAGCAGAACAAGGAGGUGUUAGAGCUGGCCUUCUCCGUCCUCUACGAGUCUGACGAGUAUUUAAACUUCAUCGCUCCCGACAAGCACGAGUACUGCGUGUGGACGGACGGCCUGAACGCCCUCCUCGGGAAGGAGAUGACCAGCGACUACACCAAAUCCGACAUGGACACCCUGCUCUCCAUGGAGAUGAAGCUGCGUCUCCUGGAUUUAGAGAACAUCCAGAUCCCCGAGGCCCCGCCCCCGAUUCCCAAAGAACCUAGCAACUAUGACUUUGUUUACGACUGUAACUAGACAAAAGCACACGAGCCCACGCCCCUCUGUCACCUACUGUACUCACUGGACCAACCCCCUUUUCUUAUAAACUGGAGGAAAAAAAACAAAGGCGAAUAAACCAGAUAACAUGAACUGUGACUGAAGGAAAGAGAAUCCAUUGAACUGUUUUGCUCCUGCUUCUCGCUAGACUUUAAUAAAAGAGGAAACUGUGCAGAAUCAUAGGCUCGCGGCACCGUGGAGAACAGAAACCAGGAAGUACUGGUUAGGCCCGUUGGUCGUCCUGUCUCCUUCCUCACUCUCGUCCUGUCUCUGAUGUUUUGAAUCGUUCACUUCUUCUUCUGAGCCGAGGCGCCGGCUGUUCUUUUGCUCUAAGAUUCUUGUAAAAGGAAAAAAAAAAAAAAAGAAUCUUCGAAAUCCAAUUUAAUUCCGCUUCAUUGUUGUUUGUUUUAUUAUUAUUUGUCCUCAGGGCUCUUGUCUGGGGAGGGAUGGUACAGUGGUUGUCUAGUUAAGGCUAGUGUUCAUUUUCAGCAGUAUUUCCUGUCACAUCCUCACUUCCAGUAUUUGUGGCAGCUACACAUUUAAAAGGUCGAAGAUGGAGACGUCUUAAAAAAAACUAAUCCCAUCUCUGCUCCACAUACUUCUCCAUACGUCCUACUCCACAUAUAAGACUGUUAGAAUAUGUCCUCAAAGUCCGGGAACAGUAGGAAGCCUCCUUUUGAACAUCUUAAUGUUAAUGUUAUUAUCCCACCGCUGCUUGUUGCAAAUCGUACACAGUGAUUGUGUCACACAAUAAAAAAAGGAAACCCAUCCACCACCGUGGUGAGACACGCUCACAAACACUCGCCUCCCCCUCGUCUGGGUGUCUGUCGUUGUAAUGACUGCUGUACACAACAUUCCGAAGCAAUAUUUGAGCUUUCUCUUUUUCCUUUAUCAUUUGUAAGACAGUCAUGAUUUAGUGAUUUUCAAAUUGUGAAAUUGCCAAGUAGUUGGUACAACAAAGCUGUUCGUAUUUGGUUAAGGGAAGUUGUCUUUUUGUGUUGAGGAUUUUAUGGCCGCUAAAUUGAAAGUUAAUGUAUUUUUUUUAUUUAAAAAACAAACCGUGGUCGUUUUCUAGUAUGAUUUAUAUAUUUUUCCCCUUUCUAUUUAAUAACUUCAAAUGUUUUUUUUUCCUUCAAGAUUUUCAAAGCCUUUCAAAACUGCUGUUUACAUUAAAGAUUUAAGAAGUGUAACCACU